UAUUAUUACCACACAAAAUAACCGUACUAUAAUAUUUACCUUAAAAUAUAACUCUUUCGAAAAUUUUACCUAUUAUUUUAACACAAAAUUAUUUUAACCCUUUGGGUUACAGAAAGAGCUGCAUAAUGGUCAGGUGGAUAUUUUCAGUAUUUAUUGUCAUAAUGGUUUCUUCAACUUGUCGCUCAAAAGGAUUUCAAGCCAGAGUAGAUUCCCUUUUUCGUGAUUUCGAAAGACUAAAAGCAUAUGAUGGUAUACUAGAUUGCAUCGAAGUCGGCAAAAGUAAAAUGAUAUCUUUGAGAGAACAUGGAGAAAUAGUGAGAAACCGUGAUAUGGAAUACGCUGGGACGCUUAUCAACAUGUAUUCGAACCCGUCGUGCUCACUAUCUAAAAAGGAAAUGCUUGGCGUUUUCUUCACUAAGGUAAACAAAGAAUUACGAAGUGGCAGGACAAAUGGACCGGAAUCUUCAGUAUGGCGUGAAGCUGGGAUUCUGAUCAAUCAAGCGCUUGAGAUUUUAGGGCUUCAGAAAGUUUCAGUUGUUUACCGUGGAUGCCCAUAUUCUCUGGAUUUCACUCUGCCGCAAUUUAUCUUCGGACAAAUAACAAGCACAACAACUAAUCCCAAAGUUGCAGAAAUGUACACUGGUUGUGAGACAUUUAUUUUGAUCGAAGAUGCCCUUGGUGUUGAUAUUAGACCAUAUUCUCAAAUCCCAGAUGAAUCAGAAGUUCUACUUCAGUCCACAAACAUUUAUGUCGUGGAGAAACACACUAGGAAUAAAACAGAAAUACAACAAGAAAUGAACAAAAUAUCUCCAUUGAUGGAAUCACAAAUUAAUGAAUUCGUUCGCCUCAGACAGAAGCACAAGAAUAGACUUCAAAAUUUGUUUUCUAGACUGUUCAUGCGUUGGUAAUAACAGAUUGAUCAGCAUAUUCGUUUCGAAUAAGAUCAAUAUUAAUAAAAUGAAAAUGAAUUUGCUGCACCUAAAUUGAUGGUUAACCUAGUGAGUUUUUGUGACUACCUUGCAAAAUAUGGUUUUUUUAAGUCUUCUCUUUUCUGAACCACCUUGAUACCUGUUCAUUUCUUAUAUUUCUGAGCAAUGGAAUUUCCAGCCUUAGAAGCCAUAUGAUUUUAUAUGCGAAAAGUACUUUCAAAAUAUUGUCAGAAACUACAAUGCUUUUAGAUAAGAUUUGUGGUGUAGAGCAUGGUUAUACGUGCAAUUCUAAAAGGUUUGGUGAACAUUCUGAUCAGGGGCGCGCUAAAUCUGUCUGUCACACACACCUGGACAAAAUUUGCUUACAAGAAUGAUCUUCACCAAUAAAUGGGACCACUAUCGCCUUGGUUAAAAUAAAUUCAAUUCAUUUUCACAUAUACUUUCUUCAGUUAUUGACUGAUAUUUGUUUAGUGAUUUCAUUGACAUCUAGCCUUGUGUUAUGUUUUGAUGUCAUUGGUCAAUGUCAGCGACGCGGAAAUAGAUUUUUUUACUUUUCGUCUUAGAGAUUCGCGUUGUAUUUUCAUCUACUAUACCCUUUGUUGGGGUUUAUGAUGGUCCUAUUUUGUUGCGUCCCUUUACCACCAAAACCACUCCGCCGAAUUGUAAACUGAAAGUGUCGAAAUUUUGGUAUUGCUCUCAUGUCUGACAUAUCAUCUGGCUCCUUCCCGUGGUCCUGUGUUAGGGGAUGCGUUCGUUUAAUGCCGCCCUUCCUCCUUCCUUGAUGAUCUUGUUUUUCAUAUUUCAAUUUAUUUCUACCUUUAUGUUAGAUGAUUUAAAUGUAAAAUCGCGUGAGUAAUUUGGUAACCUACUUUUUUUAUUUAAAAUUAGAACGCCCUUCGUUGGAAAUGUUCCAAGUAUCUGUCUGUCAGUAUUUAUACGUACAGAACACGUCAGUGUCUUUUAUUACUGAAUCCUCUCAAAAUAAAUGACUAAGCAAUUUAUUUUACAUACAUAGCUUGUUGUACUUAAAAAGUUAAUAAGUACGAUUUUUUGAAAUUUUAGGGUUGUGUUAAAACUAUAAUACGCAUGAAAGUACAUGGUAACAAUAUCGGUUUUUAAAUAUUGAAAAUCAUAUAAUAUACCCACUAUGAUAACCAGGGAUGCAGGUUUUUGUUAAAAUAACAAUUUUAUAUGUGAAUGUAUCGUAUAUUAAAUAUAUAUAUAU